UCUGAAUUUCUUCUUCGCAAUCUGUAAUUUGUUUUCCCUUUUACGUUUCUCUCUCUCUCUCUUUCUCUGCUUUCUUCCUCCUAACCAACUCUCGUCGUCUUCACUGAAAUCCUCUGUUUUCUAUUCCCAAUUCGCUCCAAAUUUCUCGUCUUUUUGUUUCUGGGUUUAAUCGGAUCAAUUCAGUUGAAGAUUCCACCUGAAAGUAAGGGAAGAAAGUUUUGAUCUUCCUCCCUGGAGAGAAAAAUUUUCCCGGGAAAAAAGAAUUAUGCUUUGGGGCAUCGGCAGAGGGAAGAAGGAUUCAGAAAUUAGUUGAAGGAGUGGGAGGGGGAGGGGAAGCAGGCGAAUGAACUAUCAGGAUCUCUUGUCUCAUUACUACAUCCUGCUGGGCUAUUCUCCUCCGAUAUGGGCGUCUAUGCUCGCCGGUGCUUUAAUGGCGGUCAGCCUCUCAUUGUCUUGUUACCUCCUCUUCGAGCACCUCUCUGCUUACAAGAACCCUGAGGAACAGAAGUUUCUGAUUGGAGUAAUUCUCAUGGUUCCUUGUUAUGCCACAGAAUCUUUUAUAUCGUUGGUCCAUCCAUCAGUUAGUGUUGAUGUUGGGAUUCUACGGGAUUGCUAUGAAUCCUUUGCCAUGUAUUGCUUUGGGAGGUACCUUGUGGCUUGCUUGGGUGGAGAAGAAAGAGCAGUCGAGUUUAUGGAGAGACAAGGGCGUGCAAGCACCAAGACUCCACUUUUAGAACAUGGUCACGAGAAGGGAACCGUUAAGCACCCGUUUCCGAUGAAUUAUUUCGUAAAGCCGUGGAGGCUUGGCCGGUGGUUUUACCAAGUUGUGAAGUUUGGUAUUGUUCAAUAUAUGAUCAUUAAGGCUUUCACUUCGAUUUCAGCUGUAGUUCUUGAGGCCUUUGGAGUCUAUUGUGAAGGCGAGUUCAAAUGGAACUGUGGGUAUCCUUACCUGGCAGUAGUUCUAAACUUUAGCCAGUCAUGGGCUCUCUACUGUUUAGUGCAAUUCUACACCGUAACAAAGCAUGAGCUAGCCCACAUAAACCCAUUAUAUAAAUUCUUAACCUUCAAAUCGAUUGUGUUUCUGACGUGGUGGCAAGGAGUCACAAUCGCACUUCUCUCUUCCCUCAAUUUGUUCCGAGGUCCCAUCGCUCAAGCCUUGGAAUUCAAGUCAAGUGUGCAGGACUUCAUAAUCUGUGUUGAGAUGGGCAUUGCUUCGGUUGUUCAUCUGUAUGUUUUCCCUGCAAAGCCAUAUGCACUGAUGGGAGAUCGUUUCACCGGAACAAUUUCUGUCCUUGGAGAUUAUGCAUCAGUGGAUUGCCCUAUAGAUCCCGAUGAGGUCAGGGACAGUGAGCGCCCUACUAAACUACGCCUCCCCCAGCCUGAUGAAGAUGUCAGGAGCGGGAUGACACUGAAAGAAAGUAUGCGGGAUGUGGUUGUUGGUGGCGGUGGAUUUGUAAGUUAUUUUGAAACUAUGACGCCAAUUGUUAUGAAUAGCUCAAUGAUAGUCAACGACGUUAAGUUCACUGUAACCCAGGCAGUGGAGCCAGUGGAGAAGGGAAUCACGAAAUUCAAUGAGAAAUUACACAAGAUCUCUGAGAAUAUGAGAAAGCAUGAUAAGGAUAAGAAGAGAACGAAGGAUGAUAGUUGUUUAUCAUCCCCGCGGAGAGUCAUUCGUGGUAUAGAUGACCCUCUCUUAAAUGGGAGUUUGAGUGACAGCGGGGUAACAAGAACGAAGAAGCAUCGACGGAGAGCAGGGAAUAGUAAUAAUAAUAGUGGCGAGAGUGGGGGAGAAAGCAACAGCGACCAGAGCUAUGGUGGUUAUCAGGUCAGGGGCAACAGGUGGAUUACUAAAGAUUAGGAGAAAACGUAAAAGAACUGGCCAGAUGAUUAUUGCAACUUGUAUAGAGUAUCUAUAGAGAGCUUGCUAUUUUUGUGAUGCUGCUAUGACUCUGAAUGUAUUAAGAAAAUUUGGUAACCUUGUUUGAAGAACUCCCACUUCGUUUCUUUCAAUUUAGCUAAGCAUAUCUUCAUCACCAUUGCAG